AUGUCCCGCUUCGCCUCAAUCUGGGCAAUGAAGGACGGCUCCCACGUCAUAAAUUUCGCAAUGCGGAUGCCGGAGAAGAACUCAUUUGUCGCCUUCACGCGGGCGUCGGUGACCUUCGCGAGUUGCCGCCGCACCAACAUCAUCCGGCGCAUGACGUAUGCGUUGAGUGGCAGCGUUGCGCUGAUGGCGGCGACCGCGAUCAAUGCGCACCAACCCACAAGUUGGUAUAGCAGCACGAUGGAAACAACAAAGACAGUUGGAGAGCUCCAGAGGUACAUACAGUACUGCAAAAAGUCAUUGGCCUUUUCCACAUCAGUGCUCAGCAUGUUGAUGAUACGUCCUGUGCUCAUAUCCGGCAGAGCGAGUGAUUUAGCAGAAAUGGUAAAACACUUCUCAAAUAUAGCGGCUGAAAGGGCACUUCGGCAACAUAUACCACCAUUGAUGCUCACGUAG